AUGGCUCAUCGUGGAGACGCACUGGGCAAGGAUGUUUGCUGCAUCGAUGAUUUGAAAAGGCUGGGCAGCCAGCGACUGUCUCCGACUGUGCGAGACUACUACAAUGAAGGUGCCAUGGACUUGAUCACACUACGAGACAACGAAGCCGCCUUCGAUCGCUACAAAAUCCGCCCUCGUAUCCUCGUCAACGUGGAAGACAUCUCAACGGAGACAGAUAUCCUGGACACCAAAGUAUCACUCCCAUUUGGCUUCAGUCCGGCAGCGUCGCACAAGCUCGCACACCCAGAUGGAGAACUAGCGACAUCCCGCGCAGCAGCGAAAUUCGGUACAUGCAUGGGUCUGUCGUCGUAUUCAACGUACUCACUAGAAGACGUGAUACUCGAGGGCCAGGGUAAUCCCUAUGCUAUUCAAAUGUGUGUCCUGCGCGACCGGUCGCUUACACUGCAACUACUGGAACGGGCUGAAAAGGCGGGCUAUAAGGCAUUAUUCCUGUCAGUCGAUGUACCUGUUCUCGGCCACCGACUCAACGAGUAUCGGAAUGAUUUCCGUAUACCCCCCGACAUGGCGUAUCCUAAUAUCCUCAGCAACGGGGCCGACAGGUCAUCUCGCACUGACUAUGAUCCGAGUCUCGACUGGGAGUCUGCCCUCCCCUGGCUGCGCAACCAAACAUCCAUGAAGAUAUGGCUUAAAGGGGUAAUGUCGCCGGAAGACGUAGGCCUUGCAAUCCGCCACGGGGCCGAUGGUAUCAUCAUCUCCAAUCAUGGGGGACGGCAGUUGGACGGUGUCCCAUCUACAUUGGAUGCACUCAGGGCAUGCGCUCCUGCAGCGAAGGGCAGAAUACCCAUUGCCUUAGAUGGUGGCAUCCGGCGCGGAUCUGAUAUUUUCAAGGCACUAGCUCUAGGAGCAGAUUACUGUUUCUUGGGACGGAUUCCUGUCUGGGGGCUUGCCUAUGACGGGCAAAAGGGCGUUGAGCUCGCCGUCAAAAUCCUCCAGAUGGAGCUGAGAACUACCAUGGCCCUAGCUGGGUGUCGAACCAUCGCCGAGAUCAAGAAGAGUUACUUGUCGGUGUUGCGGCCGGAUGGGGAGUUAGCCAAACUGUAG